UCAGCUCCGGAAGUACAGAUAGAGUUGACCCAGGCUAGCUUGGCAGACUGCUGGAGAGCGAACAGAUGGAAUUCUACACUCCCUUCUUAACAGAUUCCUCACAUUUUAAAUUAUAUCGCUCGCAUUUCUAGCCGACUGCGUGGCCAGCUAACUCGCUCGGCGCGAACGCAGACGCUUGACUGGGAUCUCGGCUGCGAUAUAACCCGGGGCAGAAGCGGGCGACUCGUUUAAAGACACCCUAACAUCUUCUCUGUCCCUGGGCGUUUGCGUGUUCCUUCGUCAUGCCGCUGUUCGGUAAACCCCACAAGAGUCCCGCAGACAUCGUGAAGACCCUGAAGGAGAACCUGGCCAUUCUGGUCAAACAUGAUAAAAAGGCAGACAAGGCGUCCGAUGAGGUGUCCAAGUGUCUAGUGUCCAUGAAGGAGAUUCUGUACGGCAGCAACGAUAAGGAGCCGCACACUGAGACGGUGGCCCAGUUGGCCCAGGAGCUGUACAACAGCGGCCUGCUGAUCUCUCUGGUAGAAAACCUGCAGGUCAUAGACUUCGAGGGUAAAAAAGAUGUGUGUCAGAUCUUUAACAACAUCCUGAGGAGGCAGAUCGGGACGAGGUGUCCCACGGUGGAAUACUUCUGCUCCCACCAGGAGGUUCUGUUCAUCCUGCUGAAAGGGUAUGAGACGCCCCAGGUGGCACUGAACUGUGGGAUCAUGCUGAGGGAGUGCAUCCGCCACGAGCCGCUCGCCAAGAUCGUCCUUCACUCUGACGACUUCCACAACUUCUUCGGCUACGUGGAGAUGUCCACUUUCGACAUCGCCUCCGACGCCUUCGCUACUUUUAAGGACCUCCUCACAAGACACAAAGUGCUCGUGGCCGAGUACCUGGGGCAGAACUACGAUGCUGUGUUUGCAGACUACGAGAAGCUGCUCCACUCGGACAACUACGUCACAAAGCGACAGUCUCUGAAGCUUCUGGGCGAGUUGUUAUUGGACCGGAACAACUUCACGGUGAUGACGCGUUACAUCAGCAAGCCCGAAAACCUCAAGCUGAUGAUGAAUCUGCUCAGAGACAAGAGUCCCAACAUCCAGUUUGAGGCCUUCCAUGUGUUUAAGGUGUUCGUGGCGAACCCCAACAAGACGCAGCCAAUCGUCGACAUCCUGCUCAAAAACCAGACCAAACUAAUCGACUUCCUUAACAACUUCCAGAAUGAUCGCUCGGACGACGAGCAGUUCAACGACGAGAAGACCUACCUUAUAAAACAGAUUAGGGAUCUGAAGAAACCAACCUCCUAAGACGUCCCUCUUUCCUCCAGACCAGCUUUUUAUCCGCAGACACAUUAAAAAAAACUGUUGUUCUAUUUAAAAAGUGUUUUUCUUCUGUGAGAGUAGUUCAUGAUCGCUGAUUCUUUUCUUUUUGUACUUUCGUUUCCAUGAAAUCAUGUUUUUUUCACCUGUAGCUCGCAGAGCCACAAACUCACGCUGCUGUUUAAACGGGCUUAAAUCAGCAUGAAGGAGCCGCAAAUUCUGACAGCAAUGAAGAUUUUUCUUUUUUUUCUCAUGGGAGUGUGACCCUGUACUGCCAAAACCACUGAUUAUUUUAAAGUAUUCCGCUUUUUCUGUCUAAAACUAAACCCCAACAGCUGGUGGUGCUGUUUUAGUGGAACUAGUUAGGGAGGAUUGAAUAAAACGGCCAAUAAAAUCGAAAUUUAACGGUGGCGUAUCGGUACGAUCCCCGGCUCUGUCUGCUGGUCGCUAGCGGCACUUUCUCAAUGAUAGAAACGAUCCGUUUUCAGUGCUUUUCUAUAUUUAUAUAUAGUUUUCAUUUCUGCCAUGUACAGCGAGUGUUGGGAGAUUCAGCGGUGCCUUUUUGUUUUGGUCAUUUCCCUCUUAUUUCACGAGUCGCUGAGUUAUCACACGGACGAGGAGGUGCUCUGGAUGGCACGUCUUCGCUUUGGGUUGGGCGGUAAAACUCCCCUCACACUUUAUCGCUGGACUUUUCUUUGCUGUUGAUGCCAAAAAAAAAAAAAAAAACUUCUCAGAGCGAGGCCCGAGUGAAAGGUGAUGAAACUGGAUUCAAAAAAUCCGUAUGUGAUGUGAUUCUGUUUUAAUAGGAAUGAAACUUUGAUUUUCAUUUAAAACAAAUGCAUUUAAUCAGCAAAUAAAUACUGGUAGUCAUGAAUGAUGUUUUUUUUGUCUGGAAUAAUAAAAAAUAAUCAGGUAAACUUUACUCCACGUUUCUCAUGAGUUAAAUAGAACAAAUCCAGCUAGUUUGGGUUGUUUAAAACCAGCUGCACAAGGCUAAUGAGUUCCCUCCUCCCAGAAUCCUUUGUGGAAACGGCCGCUGUUGUACCACAGUCACCAUAAAUAAAACCAUAAAUGCA